UAGAAUUUAACACGUUUGUGAAAUUGACAUGACGUGGAAUGAGGAAGAGUUCACAAAAGGAAGAGUUUACUAUAUUGUGGAGAAAGUCAACUCCGGAUAAAGCCCUUUGUGAGCAGGCAGUUACUUCUUGCAGUUAUGGACAUAGUGGCUUACUUCCUAGUUAUCACAUGGAGCUGAGGAAUCAUCUUUAAGCUGAUAAUACAUGUCUAAAUCUUUGUCUUGAACCUUAAUUUGAAGGCCUCCUAUACUUUGUAUAUCUGUGUCAAAUAAGGAGAUAGGGUUGUGCGAUGUUGUUACUACGAUCGUCAACUGAUCGUCAUAGAAAGCUGCAAUGAAUUUUAUUGAGUCAUUCCAUCAGAAGGUUUAUUGUGCAUUCCUAGAAAAUACCCCAUACUUCAGAAAGCAGCAUAUGCUACAUGAGAAGCUGAAUCAUGUGUGCAAAGCAGCUGGUGCUAAGGCAGAGAACAGAACUGUUGGGAGCACUGUGCUGUGGUUUCACUGCAGAACCUUUGGAUUGUGUAAUUGACCUGCUGCUGUCCUGGGAAGUACUCAUUUGGGAAGACUACCACAAUGUUCAGGGUCUCACUAAGCCCCUCUGCUCCAAAACCAGAGACCUUCUGGAUUUAGUGUACACCAAAGGAGAGCAGGCCUGCAGUCUGUUGCUGGCAGCUUUUGAUCAAGUCUUACCUGAGGCCCAGAAAGCCGGACUUUGCUUGGGGAAAGGUCAUUUAAAGACAGGGGAUAUCAAGAAGACUCCCACAAGCGCCAGUGAGGCUUUGUUGGUUGACAGACCAGCAUUGGUAAAAAAGAUUCGGGACCAUGUCGACGGUGCGUUGGAUGCACUGAUGGAAGCCGGUUGCUUUACUUCCCAAGACUGUGAUGAAGUGCUGUUACCUGUGUAUACGCUCUCACAGAAGGUUAGGAAGCUGUUAGACCAAGUGAGGUUCAGGGGGGAGGGCGCUGCCAAGACUUUACUUCAGUAUUUAGAGCACAUAGACAGUAAGCCACAAUGUGUGAAAGAGGAAAGGCAACUCUCGACUGAAUGCAUCGACUACAAGAAGAAGCUUCGCAGCUCUGUCGACUCUCAGUCACGCUUGCUCAGCACAUAUGGUGGAACAGGAAGAUUUUCCUUAGAUAAUAUCUAUACCGAUGGCAUUCUUGAAGCGGUGCAAAGAGAGAGAGAGGUUACAGCUCUGAGGCUACAGGAUGUGGUGGGUCUGCAUGGCACUAUUAAUGAGGAAGCAGAUACCAUACUUGUUUCUGGUGAAGCAGGUACUGGAAAGAGUACCUUGCUGCAGAGGCUCCAUCUGCUGUGGGCCGAAGGUACCUUGUUGACAGACAUACUCAUGCUGUUCCCUUUCAGUUGUCGUAAACUGAAUGCUGAGAAAAAGAUACUCUCCUUAAAAGAGCUCUUGUUCCAGCACUGCUGCUGGCCAGACCGGGGACAAGAUAAAAUUUUCCAGUUCAUUCUUGAUCACCCUCAACUAGUCCUUUUCACCUUUGAUGGGCUUGAUGAGUUUAGGCAGAGCUUCACAGAUGAAGAGCGACAUUGCUGCCCCACACAGCCAGCACCAAUACACAUUCUGCUUUUCAACUUGUUUCAGGGUACCUUAAUGAAAGGUGUGAAGAAGGUGGUAACUAGCAGGCCCCAUGCAGUGAGUCCAUCUUUGAAGCAGUAUCUCUGCAAGGAAGUCCUGGCCAAGGGUUUCUCUCCUGUGGGAAUUGACCACUUUGUAAGGAAACACCACAAUGAUGCCAACAUAGCUACUCGGGUUGUAGAAGCCCUCAAGGCUAACACAGCCCUACUCGGUCUCUGCCAUAUUCCUGUCUUCUGCUGGAUUAUAUCAAAGUGUUACAAAGAGUUGCUCGGAUGUGGGGAGGGCAUCCCUCAGACGGUCACUGACGUGUACCUCAUGGUUCUGAAGCAUUUCAUUCAGAAGCGAGUGCCACAGCAAUAUAGGACUUUGGGAAAAGGAUGGUUACAGGAACAUCAAGAGAUGGUGAGAAGACUAGGACAGUUGGCACUGGAGGGCUUAAAGACUUCCUGUUACUUAUUCACAGAGCCAGACUUGCAGAAAUGUAGUAUCACACACCAAGACCUUGGUCUAGGAUUUCUUAUACACUGCAAGGAUUUCUCAGACUAUGCUGACUACAAACAUUUUGAGUUCCUGCAUAUUACAAUGCAGUGCUUUUUUGCUGCUCUCUAUAUUGUUCUUAACAACAAUGACAACUGCUCUGUCAUCCUAAACCUCUUCCAGUCUCACUGCAAGCAGACAGCGCAUUUUAAUCACAAAAUCUGUUUUGCACAUUGCUUGAAGCCUGUAGCUGAUGACUGUGUAGCAGAGAUCCCAAACCAACGGAUCACCUCAGAGUUUGUUGCAGGACUUCUGUCCCAGCGCCAUCGGAAUCUGAUCAUACAAUCCUGUCCGGCUGCAUUGCUCGAGAAAAAAUACAAGCAAGUCAUGAAGUGUUUGUCCAAGGGGUUACAAAAACAUUUUAAAUCAAUUCCGCCGCCGGUGAAGAGUGAAAAGAAGAGCAUGCAUGCCAUGCCGAGUUUCGUUUGGCUCAUUAAAUGCAUCUACGAGAUGCAGGAAAGUGAGAUCGCUAAGGAUGCAGUGGCCAAGCUAGAAGUCGAGCACUUCAAGUUAAUAUACUGUAAUAUUGGGCCUGUGGAAUGCACUGCUCUGGCUUUCGUACUCAGGUACCUGCAGAAUCCUGUCGGAAUACAGCUGGACUUCAAUUCAGUAGGGGAUGUGGGAUUGGAACAACUCCUGCCAUGUCUUCAUAUCUGUCACUCCCUCUACUUGAGGAACAACAACAUAUCAGAUGAAGGAAUACGCAAACUUGUUGAGAAGGGAGUGCAAUGCGAAUGCUUCAAGAAAGUAGCGCUGUUCAACAACAAUCUAACAGACGACUGCACGAAGUAUUUUGCUCAGCUGCUUAAGGCAAAGAAUAACUUCCUUGCAUUAAGACUGGGAAACAAUAAGAUCACAUCGCAGGGGGCUGAGCAGCUAGCAGAAGGGCUGAGGUGCAACACGUCACUGAAAUAUCUUGGGUUGUGGGGAAAUAAGAUUGGAGACAGAGGAGCUGAGGCUUUAGCGGACGCACUGAAGGAGAACACGACGCUGAUAUGGUUAAGUCUGGCGGAUAACGGUGUCGGCAGCGAAGGAGCACGUGCCUUGGCAGAACUUGUUAAGAGAAGCACAACACUUGAGGAGCUCUGGCUGAACCAAAACUGCAUUAGAAGGGAUGGUGUAGAGAGUCUAAUUGAGGCUUUGAAAGUGAGCGCUACUGUCAAGGAAGUGUGGUUGAGAGGAAACAACCUGAGCAUGGAGGAUGUGAAGGAACUUAGUGGGCAAGAAAGCAGACUGAUCUUCUAAAGGUGAAAGGAAAGAACAGGUUCUUCAAAUGCUACGAUUUGUGUGCUGUUUAGCCAUUUGCUUAGAAAUUAUAUAUAUAAUCUAAAAAGCAUGUAUUUAAAAAAAAAAGCAUUAAAUAAUUGAGAAUUAUUUCUUUUGCACAAUAUUUUUUUUUUUUUUUUUUUUUUAAAUUUUAUUUAUUUAAUUAUUUAUUUUUUGCACAGCAUUAGCAAACAUACCAAACGUGUUUAACUACAAAAUAUGAAAACAUGCUUAAGCCAUAAGGUCAUUCUCGCGAAGUGCCGUACACUGUUAUUACUCAAAAAGAAUCAUUUACUGUUAAUCAUUUCUUGAUUAACUCAUUGAUUCUACUUUCCAAAUGACCUCAUCAGUCACUACCACAGAAACCUUUCCCGAGUCAGAUGACACAACUUCCUGUUAAAGAGUGAUCUUAUGGAAUAUACAAAAGUUUCCUAGGGGUGAAUAUGUCUAAGUAAAAGGGUUGAGUUCAGUUCAGUUCACUUUAUUUAUAAAGCACAUUUAAAAUAGCCACAGGACUGACCAAAGUGCUGUAAAAUAACAGGAGUUAAUAAAUAAAAUAAAAAAAAAUACAUAGAAAGAUUAAAAAAAAAAAAAAAAAAUUAUAUUAAGACAGGAGAAGUAAUAAAAAGCGAAAUAGAAUUAAACAAUGCAAAGAUACACACUAAAGCACUAAAACAAGCAAUAAUAGAACAAUUAGAAACAGUAAGAAGAGAAUGAAAAGGAAAACUAUAGAAAUGCCGAGGAAAAGAGAUACGUUUUUAAAAGGGACUUAAAGAUGGACAGAGAGGGUGCUAAUCUUAAUUCUAUUGGCAAAUCAUUCCAAAGCUGUGGCCCAAUUACUGAGAAAGCUCGAUCCCCUCUACGCUUGAGUCUAGAAACGGGAACAGAGAGGAGGUUCUGGUUGCCUGAUCUUAGCCUUCUGGAAGGAGAGUACGGAUGUAAUAACUCAGAUAAAUAAAUAGGAGCUUGAUUAUGCAGGGCCUUAAAGACAAAUAAAAGUAUUUUAAAACGAAUUCUGUAAUCAAUAGGCAACCAGUGAAGAGUCCUCAGAAGAGGGGUAAUGUGAUCGCUUUUGCGCUUUUUUAAGAGAAAUCUGGCAGCAGCAUUUUGAACCAAUUGUAAACGGUUAAUUUGAUUUUUGUCAACACCACAGUAUAGAGAGUUACAGUAGUCUAAACGAGAUGUGAUUAGAGCAUGUACUGCCAUCUCUAAGGUUUUAUCAGUUAAAAAGUGCCUAAUUUUUGAUAAAAUGCGUAGCUGAUAAAAACUCGAUCCAAUGACAGCGGAAACUUGUUUAUCAAAUUUUAAGGACUCGUCUAAGAGAACACCCAGAUUCCGUACCUGCUUUGGUUCCGUACCAGAUUCCGUACCAGUUUUGGUGACCUUUGCACUUUCUGUGGGGCCGAACACUAUCACCUCAGUUUUAUCUUCAUUUAAAAACAGAAAGUUUUGUGCUAGCCAAGCUUUAACUUCAUCUAAGCACAAUAAAAGGGAUGUAAUGGAUGAGGGGUCAUUUUUCUUAAAAGGUAAAUAGAUUUGGGUAUCGUCCGCGUGAAAGUGAAAUGACACUCCGUAUUUCCUCAGAAUGGAGCCCAGUGGUAACAUGUACAGGGAAAACAGGGAAGGUGCCAGAAUUGAACCUUGAGGAAGACCACACGACAGCGGGGCAGAGGAGGAGGAAAAGUUACCCAGUUUAACUAUAUACCUUCUGUUUGAUAGGUAUGACUGAAACCAUUUUAAAACUGUGCCUGAUAGUCCCACCCAUGACUCUAAUCUAGCGAUAAGUGUAGAGUGGUCAACCGUAUCAAAUGCUGCAGAUAAAGCCAGUAAAACUAGAACCACAGAAUCUCCAGAGUCAGUAGCUAAAAAAAUAUGGUUUAGCACUAUCAGAAGAGCAGACUCAGUGCUAUGAGCACUUGAGUAAAGGAUGUGGAGCUCUGGAGUCAUGAGUCAUGGAAAGGAAAGAUUCAUAGUAUGAGAUGUUAAAUGUGUUCACGUAAAUAUAAAUGCAGGUUUUUUUUUUUUUUAAAUAAAGCUUUAAGUACUUGUGUGUAGUGUUUUGUAAGUGUAGUAAAUAUGGUGCAUUUUAUUUAUUAAGGUACAUUUAUGGUUGUGAGAAAUAUUUUAACCUGUAUUUAAAAUGUUUUUUAUGGUUGCACAUAUUUGUAAAUGACAUAUUACUGGAUCACAUAUAGUUCUCAAAUCACGGAAUCAUCCAGAUAUCAUCUAACACCCGGAUAUUUUUAACACGAGAUCCUUUUUAGUCAGCGUUUUACGCCAGUGUUUAUCCUGAAAAGUGUUAUCGGUGUAUUGUUUAUGCCUGCAGUUACAGAAAGACACAAAAAAUGUUAUUAUAUUACAUCAUAUUAUAUAUAUUAUAUUAUAUUAUUAUAUUAUAAAUGUUAUUAUACACAAACAAAUUAUUAUAUGUACAGUUUACACUGACAUUGAUUGUAAUAUAAUUUAACUUUAUUACUGUGCUACUUCAUGUGGAUUUAUAUUUCAGUCAUUUAUCUUUUUUCUCUAUGUAUUUUCUCCCUU